AUAUCUCACUUGCUUCAAUGUUCUGUUGACACUUGACACAUGGCCAAGUGUUCCUUUUCAGCAUAACAUUCAAAAUCCCCCUCUAUAAAUAAUGAACCAUAUCCAAAUGACCAAUAUCUCAUUCAAGAAAAGAAAAGAGGUAAUAUGAAGGGAGUUCUAGUUGGUUUUGUUUUGAUUAAUUUGUCAAUAUUGGUAAGUUGUGGGGCACCAAGGAAGGCAGUUGAUGUGCCUUUUUGGAACAACUAUGAACCUAGUUGGUCAAGUCACCAUAUCAAGUACCUUAAUGGUGGUACUACUGCUGAGCUUCUUCUUGACAAUUCUACAGGAACUGGAUUUCAAUCAAAGAGAUCGUAUCUUUUUGGGCACUUCAGCAUGAAAAUGAAGCUUGUUGGAGGAGAUUCUGCUGGUGUUGUCACUGCAUUUUAUCUAUCGUCAAACAAUGCAGAACACGAUGAGAUAGAUUUCGAAUUCCUGGGGAACAGAACAGGUCAGCCAUACAUAUUGCAGAGCAAUGUGUUCACUGGAGGCAAAGGAGACAGAGAACAGAGGAUCUAUCUCUGGUUUGAUCCAACCAAAGACUUCCAUUCCUAUUCCGUUCUUUGGAACACCUUUCAGAUUGUGAUCUUUGUGGACGAUGUCCCGAUAAGAGUAUUCAAGAAUUCCAAAGACAUAGGUGUGAAAUUCCCGUUCAAUCAGCCAAUGAAGAUCUAUUCGAGUCUAUGGAAUGCAGACGAUUGGGCUACGAGAGGAGGAUUAGAGAAAACCGAUUGGUCAGCUGCACCGUUCAUCGCUUCCUACACUUCGUUCCACAUCGAUGGCUGCGAGGCUGUCACCCCGCAAGAAGUGCAAGUUUGUAACACCAAUGGCAUGAAAUGGUGGGAUCAAAAGGCUUUUCAAGAUUUAGAUGGACCUCAGUAUAGAAGACUUCAAUGGGUUCGCCAAAAAUUUACUAUUUAUAACUAUUGUACUGAUAGAAAAAGGAACCCUACACUUCCUCCAGAGUGUACAAGGGACAGAGAUCUUUAAUUAGUUCUUGUUUGUUGGGGACAUUACAUUGUGUAAUAACUCAUUUUGGGUUUGUGAGGGUUGAUUUGCUUUGCUUUCUUUAUUUAUUUUGCUCCUUUCCAGAGUGCUCUUUUAAUAACGUAUAUGACAUUAGUAUACUUUGUCUUCAA